CCAUCUUGCUGCGUCUUCACGCAAACUGAGUCGUACAGCCAAUUAAACAAAGCGAGCUUAUCACACGCGCAGCGGAUUGGCAAACACGUACAUUUCUUUUUAUUUUUUCCUCUCCCUGUCCCUGGCCUUAAACAGGACUUGGCAGGUGGACAAGAGAUUGCUGCUCGCUCUUUCCCUGUAGGGCGCAUUUCUAGACCACUCGAGCCGCGCGCGACUGGACCAUUUACUUCAGCGUUUGGAUAUAUCCAAGAACAGGACGAUGUCAGGCAUGAAUCGCACGUUCAACCUGCUGAGGAGUGUGAUGAGACACCAAAUCACACCUAAAGCUAAUAUUGCAUCCAAACCAGCCAAGCAUGUGCUGUCCGUUGGGGAGCAAACCUUUGUAAUGUUCACCAUGUUCGCGAUCAUCCUGGGCCCCUCUGGAUGGAUCCUGGCAAAUUUGGAGGAGUACAAGAAACGUCCUGGCGCAGCUAAAUAAGAACCGUCUGCUUCUGAGCAUUCAUCCUUACGAAGACUAUUUCACCUUGUUAAGAAUGUUUUAAUAAAUAAAUGUCCUUGAACACCUCA